AUGGAAUCUCGUGAUUCGUUACCUUCUUCUUCCCCCUCAACCAACAACCGCGAUGCUCCUUCCGCCGCCGCCGAAGUUGACGACGGCCUUUUCGCUCUCGCCAAAGACGCUGCUAUGCAUUAUCAAUCUGGCAAGUUCGUUGAAUGCCUCGAGGUCAUGAAUCAGCUCCUGCAAAAGAAACCUGAAGAUCCGAAGGUCCUUCAUAAUAUAGCAAUUGCAGAAUUCUUUCGAGAUGGUUGUUCUGAUCCCAAAAAGUUGCUUGAAGUAAUUUACAGCAUCAAGUUCGUUCAGAGAAAAUACGACGAGCAUACCCUGACUUCUGGGGAUCAAGGAGAGCCAGUUAACAACGUCGCAAAUAAAGUCGCUUUUGGAUCCAAAGGAAGCAAUAGCACCGACACAAUGCAUCCAGAUGAAUUUGAAUCUACUGCCGCAGCACUAAAUAUUGCCAUCAUCUGGUUUCAUCUUCAUGACUAUGCAAAGACGGUAUCAGUUUUGGAACCCCUAUUUCAAAGGAUUGAUCCCAUAACUGACUCAACAGCUCUACAUAUUUGUCUUCUGCUGCUUGAUGCUAGCCUCGCCUGCCAUGAUGCAUCAAAAUCAGCUGAUGUGUUGACUUAUCUGGAGAGGCUAUUUAGUGGUACUGCGGGUCAAGGUGACUAUGGGAAUACAGCACAGCCACAAUCUGCAAAUCUAACCUCGAAGUCUGCACCUGUCACUAUUAGUGAAUCUGCUGCUGAUCCAUCCAGUUCUGAUUUAGGGUCAAGUGCUAAUACACCUGAAAAUAAUCUAUCCAGAACUUUGUCUGAAGAUGGGCUUGAUUAUGAAGCCAUGAUUUUGGAUAUGGGUGGACAAAAUUUAACUAGGCCAAUGGGCCCGUCUUCAAAUGUUCUUUCUAGAGCUUUGGUUGACAGGUUUUCUUCUCUUGAUUUAAAGCUUAAGUUGCAACUUUACAAAGUACAGUUUCUAAUUCUUACUAGGAACCUGAAGAUAGCAAAAAGAGAAGUCAAGCUGGCUAUGAACAUUGCACGAGGACGAGAUUCAUCCAGGGCUCUGCUUUUGAAAUCUCAGCUUGAAUAUGCUCGUGGUAACCACCGCAAGGCCAUAAAGCUAUUGAUGGCAUCAAGUAAUAAUAGGACGGACACAGAAUUUUCAAGCAUAUUUAACAACAAUCUUGGGUGCAUUUAUUAUCAGCUUGGGAAAUAUCAGACGUCCUCAAUUUUCUUCUCAAAAGCAUUAACUAAUUGUUCGUCCUUGAGAAAGGAGCAACAAUCAAAGCUGACCACUUUCUCGCAGGAUAUUUCUCUCCUUAUAAUUUAUAAUUGUGGUGUGCAGCACUUGGCUUGUGGAAAGCCAAUUCUUGCAGCUCGAUGUUUUCAGAAGGCAAGCUUAGUCUUCUACAAACAACCUCUCUUGUGGCUUCGACUCUCAGAAUGCUGUCUGAUGGCUUUAGAAAAGGGCCUGAUCAAAUCAUGUCGGGUUCCUUCAGAGAAGUUGGAGGUUGGAGCUUGUGUUGUUGGGUUGGAAAAAUGGAGGCAACUUGUUGUGAAAGAUCAAAUUCCAGGUAAUGGACACUUGGAAUCAUCCAGAGGAAAUGAACGUUUGCCAAGUGAAGACGGGGGGCUGAAGUUAUCGAUGUCCCUUGCUCGGCAGUGUCUCUUGAAUGCUCUUCACUUGCUGGACUCGUACAGUACAAAUCGUUUAAAGUCUGGCUUGCCCUCUAAUUCUUCUGUGGAGAACGAUACAAGUGAAGUGUUGCCUUCAAAGAAUUCAAGUCGUAAAAACUCCCAUGUAAUUGAUCCAAAGGCAUUUUCAGUAGCAGCAGGUUUAGGUCAGAUAAACUCAAAUGGGGACACAAAAGAACAGAAGGGAGGAGCUAGUCAGGAACUCUUUCAGAACUCCUUAUCGUAUUAUGAAGAUGUCUGUAGAAGAGAUAAUCAAUUGGUUAAGCAAGCUGUUCUUGCUAAUUUAGCUUAUGUGGAGCUAGAAUUGGACAAUCCAGUGAAGGCACUUGCAGCUGCAAAAUCUCUCUUUGAACUUCCAGAAUGUUCCAGAAUUUACAUUUUUUUAGGCCAUGUUUAUGCGGCAGAGGCACUUUGCUUACUGAACAGACCAAAGGAAGCUGCUGAGUACUUAUCGUAUUAUUUGUCUGGAGGAAACAAUGUUGACUUGCCAUUCAGCCAAGACGACUGUGAGAAAUUGCAAGUAGAGAGGACUGUUGAAUUUGAAGAGGUAAAUGUUGGAUCCACUGCUGCCAAGAGUUGUUAUCAGGAUACACAAAGUAUUGUUUUCCUCAAGCCAGAGGAGGCACGGGCAACAAUUUAUGCAAACUUUGCUGUAAUGUCUGCAAUGCAGGGUGAAUUUGAGAAAGCCAGUAUGUUGGUUACCCAGGCAUUGUCCAUAUUGCCCAACAGUCCAGAAGCUACACUCACUGCAGUUUAUGUGGAUCUCCUGCUUGGUAAGCAACAGGAAGCUCUAGCCAAACUAAAAAGUUGUAGCCGUAUUAGGUUCCUGCCCAGUGGAAUAACAUUAAAUAAAUCUUCAUGA